UUUACUUCCAUUCACCAAACUUUCAACAGCGAGCGCUCGCCUGACGCCGACUCAGUCUGCUGAAUGUGUCUGUGUGUGUUUAUGUGUUGUUUUUUUAACGCUACUGGGAAGUUAACGGAGAAGUUUGGAGCUUAGCGGAGUGUCCCGGUGAAGUCUCAUCAUCAGGCGGACGAGGCUGAGCGCGAGUGUCUAUUUAGGGGGGUGUGACAGCACUCUCCAUACAGCUGUGCCGGGCUUGUUUAUGAGUUGAACAGGUUGUUAAACGGAGCGGUAGAGACAGGAAACACACCGGCAUGUUCUUGGGGACACGUACAGACGCUGACCGGACCAUUUGCGGGUCAGAACCGCUGCGUAAUUUGCGCUGAAUGAGCUCCCAGCCGGCGCGAGCUUGUCGAUGUUGUUGACAUUCAUCCAUCAAACAUGGCAACUUUGGGAAGUAGAAAGCUUGUGUAUGACAUGAAUGACAAACAGGACAGGCCUUAUGUGUGCGGCGCCCCAGGCUGCUCUCAGCGCUUCCAGUUAGAGGAGCAUCUAAUCAUCCACAGCCACAAGCAUGAGAUGUCCCUCAAGUUCUCCUCCAUCAAGGCAGAUACGGCUUUUACUGACCAGACGCCAACGCCAACAAGAUUUUUGCAGAACUGUGAAGAGGUUGGUCUGUUCAAGGAGAUAGAGGAGGAGUUUCUUCAAGCACAAGAAGAGGAGAAGUGCAAACAGACGCUGUCUCACAAUGGGCCGUCCUGUAUGAACCAGCAGCAGCUCAAACCCCAGCUUCAGCUCCAGCACCCACCCCAGCCUCAGCACCCACAUCCCCAGCCGCCGCUGCACCAUCCCCAGACACAUCCCCUGCAGCACCCUCAGUCUCAUGGCCCCUUGAUGGGCCCCAGCUGCAGCCUGGCUGCCCAGCAAGCUCUGUCCUCCUCGCAGUCCGGAUCAGUCAUCACCCAGGCUCCUUCCACCCUCACACACUCAGGGCCGGUUCCCGGGCCGCUGUCAUCCCUCCUCCACAUGCGGAACAGACACAGACAACCGCUGCCAGCCUCCUUACCUGGCACGCUUCCAGACCCCGCCAUGCAAGGGGCAUCUGCUCAGCACAUGCCCAUAGAGAAGCAGAUGUCGUGUAUAAUGGGUAUACCAGGUCCUGUACACAACCCCUCCUGUUCCUCACCUCAGAGAUCCAAACAGACGCUGGGCCAUCAUUUCCCGCAGCACCACCCAGCAAUGGUCGGCAUAAACAACCCCGUGACACCCAUGGGUCACAUGAUGGAGAUGAUGUCACAGCGUCAUCAGGCACCUCCACUACAACACCACCAUCAUCCUCAUCAUCCACAGCUUCCGGCUCCACCCCUCACCUUCCAACAGCGAUGCCACGCUCCACCUCCGCAGCAUCUCGGAGGCACCCAUAGCCACCACGCUCAGGCUCACCAAGCACCUCCUCCUCAUCUGCACCAGGGCUCGCCUCCUGCACCUCCCCUGUCUGUUCCGGCACAGUUAUCACCAGUUGCACAGCAGAUGCAGCCCUCCCAUCCACCCCACUCCCAGCAUGCAGUGCAGGCAGGUGGUAGCUGCAGCGGUGGAGGAGGGGGCAACCGUCGCAGGAGGACAGCAGAGCAGGACCCUGACGAGCGCAGGCAGAAGUUCCUGGAGCGUAACCGGGCCGCAGCCACCCGCUGCCGACAGAAGAGGAAAGUGUGGGUGUCGUCGCUGGAGAAGAAAGCUGAAGAGUUGACGCACACAAACCUGCAGCUACAGAACGAGGUGACGUCAUUGAGGUCGGAGGUGGGUCAGCUGAAGCAGAUUCUGCUCACCCACAAGGACUGUCCCGUCACCGCCCGGCAGAGAGAGGCACAGGGGUACCCCACUGCAGGGGUGAGCCCAGGAGGAAGUCCCACCCCUGUAGGUCCUGGGUCUCAUCUGCAGGCCGUCCAACACAACAGCAUCUCCACCUCAUCGACAGCUGGAGGCGACACAGGGCACGACCUCCGGCCUGGACGCUAGCCCUCGCCACAUAGAGGAGGGGGGAGGGACUGGAUGGCUGAAUCCCGCCAGACUGAAUUAUCUCUCUGUCAUAACUUCACUAAAGUCUCACUCAGCUGUGGAUCUCUUUACAUUGUAGAUGAAAUACUGAACUGGAUAGGUGAAUUCAUAAAUCCAUGUGAACACUGAUAACAUUAUUAUCAUCUUUCUUUUCUGGUUGGAGAGGAAACCAGAACCACAUACUGAUACAUUUCCAUAACAGGUGCAAAAAAAAACCUUUCCUGAAAGCCUUGUUAAAAACUGUGAUGGUUACAUGGCAACUGGAUCCUGUGUUUAUUCAGAAAAUGUCUGUUUCUGCUCACACGAAUCUCACCAUUGCCUCACUGACUAUGCACGCGCACAAUCGAAACACAUCUUGUCAGCAUCUUUUGCUCUUAUAUCUUGCACUAAUUUAAAAACAAACAGCCUAUAUAUUAGUUUUAUAUUUCUAACUGAGCAUCUGCAUACCUUAUGCCUUCUCUCUGGUGCAGAUGCAGCUAUGUAUUUUUCUAUAAAUAAUUCAUACUAAGACAAAAAUGUUUAAGAUUUAAAAUCAAGCCCACGUCUGUCUUGGAAAGCCAUGAUUGUAAAACAUGAUUGUACAGUAUUUUCUUUCAGGCACUUUUUUAAACUGCCCUAAGACACUAAAUGACUAUAAACUGCACCUUGUGUCUCAAUCCCUGUCAGUUAAUAAAAAAAACUCUUAUUCUGGUAUUUCCUUGUGUUUUUUAAUUGUUUUAAAAUGUUUUCAAUCAUAUAAAAUUCUCUAAAUUUGUGAUGGUGAGCGAUGAGACUAUAGAUUGUUUGUGUGCAUACAGUAUGGUCUAGUCUGCCAUCUAGUGACUGGUUGUGUUAGUGGUAGUCGACUGUAACAACUGGAGUGGUCAGCAAAGAUCACAGCCUGUUUUAUGUUUUGCCAGUACAAUCAUAUCUAAUACACAAAGACACAUUUAAAAAUAGUCUUGAAUUAAUUUAAAUGUUUAAUUUGUUUGAUUAUAUCCACCAUCAGUAAAGGAAAGCGCUCCAAACUUAAAGACUUAAUUUUCCAACUGUAAACUCUUUAACGCAGAGUCUUAACAUGUCUUUAUGUCAAAAACUUUUCGUUCUGACAUCUGGAGCGCCUAGUGAUGUGAAUAUACUUUGCAUCCAUGGAAUUGUGCAUCCAUGUGUGUGUGUCCAUGUGUCUUUGUGCAUGUGUGCCUGAUUUGGAGUGAGUGUGGGAGGCACCCCACCCUGUCUACUCAAACAAAGGGACUGCUUAACUAUUACCAGACCUCAUCUUAACACGCAUGCAAAAGCACGGAUGCACGCACACACAUUUGCUCGUCUAACAUAUUAUUGCUAUUAUCUUCCCCACCCUCACACAUUGUUUAUUUCUCCCUCUAAAGCACCAGAAAUCAGUUGCAGCAGGGAAAGAAAACUCAUUAAUUGCUCCAUAGAUAAAAAUAUGAGGAAUAUGUUAGAGCUGAUAUUACCGGUCAAUAACAAGUGACCCAUUUUGGUUUUAAAAAAUAUCCUGAAACAUGUAUCAUACCACUCACAUGCCAAAUGAUUUCUGAGCAGCCUGACACGGCCUGAAAUCACUAUCUGUCCAGCUUAGCUGAGGUGUAUAUGGUGUGUAAGCGGAGCAAAACACAGCCCCGGGUUCAAAAGGCUGAUUCAAGUAAUCCUUACUUCUAUAAAUGUAUAUAUAUUCCCCCUAUCUCUAGAAAUAUAAUCCCCUUGAGCUUUACAUUCCUAGUGGCUUAUGUAACCGAUAUUUUAAAGCCACAUAUACAGUAACAUCUACUAUAGAGGUAAAUCAUCCAUAAAGACUCCAAUGACAAAUCAGUCACAUUGUUGGGGAUUUUACUUCUUCAUGUAAUGCAGAAUUUUAUAUAAAAAAGUAUAAAACAUGAUAGAUGACAUGAUACAAAACAAGUGUCGUCGUUUUUUUUUU